AUGGUUUUAAAACGUAAGGGGGACGACACGGGAGAAAUGACGUCUCGGGAACGGAAGAAACUUAAAGUAGCAGGCGCUCGGACAAUUGCAGUUCAGCCAUCUGUAUCAGCCAGUGGUAGUGGGACUAUCCAAUCUUCAGGAAACGCGCUCGCUGGACCGUCAAGUACCACCGUUCGAUUUGACUCUAUGCAGGGAUUACCUGCCUCGAUCGAUGUGGAAAUGUUCACAGAGGCUCGAGCCUAUGAGAUCGAUGCCAUGCAAAAAGCGAUCAAAACAGCGGGGGAAAGUGGGACUCAUCGCGCAUGGCAGACUCUUCCCCGCCAUCUACGACGAAGGGCAGCUAGCCAUGAUGUUCGCCGUGUUCCCUUGCGUUUGCGAGACAAAGCACGCGCCGAGAUGGUCCCUGUCACUAGGCGCAUACUACAGCGUGGACGCUCUAAGCAGGGGAAAACAAAGCAAGUGAGCCGCACUGAAUCCCUCUUGAAGCGACAACGCGAUAAGACCUGGCUCGAGACUCACAUUUGGCACGCCAAGCGGAUGAAGAUGGAGAACAUGUGGGGGUAUAGACUCGCAGUGACACCGACCGAGAAAUCAUUCCGUCCCUCACAUCGAGCCUCUAUGCAUGGCUCAAUCCUGCACGAUUCGUCGUACUACUCGCUCAUAGAGCUCAGGGGGCCUGAAAAUAUCCUUAGAAAUGUGCUAGAUCUUUGCUGUGAUCCUCAGUGCACUGGAAUGAAGCGAUCCAUGUCCGGUGCUCGUGUGCUUGAGACGGACUUAUACAAAUCAGGAAGCUACCCCUUUGACUUGAUCGCACCAGUAAUGAUCAUGUGGCGGCCGUUGCCUGUUGGGAACACGUUGGCACCGAUGAACGCGUCUUCGGCGGAAGUCUCCUCUAAACGCAGGCGCAAAGCAAAGAACAAUGCACCGGCUAACGCAGCUCAACAGAGUUCCGCGAGAGUAAUCUGGGUACGUUCGCACCCUGCAGUAUACGACGACGUCUUCGCAGCGUUACGGGGAUCUGCUUCCUCGGUCCUUGAGGCUGAAAAACAGCGACAUAAAGAUGUGUAUGCAGAAGUGGAGAUAGCCGAUUUGCGAGGCAAAGUGAAUGUUUUUGAAAUCAUGGGGCCCAAAGCAAGUCAGGUCAUCAAGGGCGCCUUAUCUCCAGUUGCAGAUGAUGACAGGCAAGAGUUCAAAAAGUUCUGGCCAUCCCUGACUGAUCUCCAAACCACCGCGUCCUUACCACGCGGAAUAGUCAUCGGGAUGAGGGUCCUUGACCCACGACUGAAAUUUCCGCCUAAGAACGCCAAAAUCAGAAUGGACGGUCAGCACCCUGCCACCCCGGCAAUGACGUUUCCUGCAGCUAUUCUUGCUCGAAGCGAAAUUUGGGAUGAAGAGAAGCGUUCAGCGCUCAAAAAACCUACAUACAAGAAGAAAGAUCUUGAUGCGCGCCGCUCAACGAAUCCUGUUCCAGGCACGCCUCUUAACCCCCUUCGCCAGGAUGAUCGUAUCCCAUCGUUGCUCAUACAGCGCUCGCUUGAAUCACCUUCCGGCACUCAUGGCAUCCAUGGCUGGAUGCUUGUUGUUCCAGCUGGGUGGGGCAUGCCUUUCCUCCCCUCACUGAUACACACCGGCACACGCGUCGGCGGACAGCGAGAACGAGGCUCACAAGCCUUCGAGGCAGGCACUGCGUAUUUUCCGAGAGAUUUUCCUUGUACAGAUUUCUACGACAAACAUUGGGAGGAGUGUGCUGUUAAGGAAAGAGCAAAGUGGAACAGGACGCCACCAGCGAAGAGAGCCAAUUAUAAGAAGCUUGGUACCCGUAGCCCAUGGCGGGCGGAUUGGGAAGUUGUCCUUGGGCUACCGGUGGCAUCCGGCGUAGACGGGAACCUGGUGCCGGCACAAAGAGGGCCUCAGGAUGCGAUGGAAGUUGACAAAGCACCGAGCGUUCGCCCGUGGUUGCUCCGUGGUCCCGAAGUGCCGACUAUCCUAGCAAAAGUAACUCAGAUGUUUAAUCAUGGCGCUGGUCUCCUUGCAGAGAUCAACAGGCUUCGGGCCAAACGUGGUAUAAAUGCACUCGAUGCAAAUUAUUGCCCCGAGGAUCUCCUCAAAGGGGCAUUGGUCAUGGUCCGUCUGAGGAUGGUCAGUCGGGGCGCCCCGAACGACCUCGCCAUCAUCUACCGCAUUGAUGAUGUCGAAGUCAGCAAGGUCAUUAAGGAGAAGGGAAAAACACGAGAGGGUGCGGGUGCCAAUGAGCCCCCUGAGGCUGCUCCUCCCCUGACGUCUAUCAUUGGGUAUGUUACUACUGGCAACAUGUCCUUAUCUCGUGGAGAAGGUUUCGCCAUAGGCGCUGUCCCAGUAUCAGUGCUAUUAGAAUUGCGACAGCAAGCACAGAGGUAUGGGUUUCUCGCUCGUGGGAAGUGUCGAUUGAUGUAGCUACAGGACCGGAGAGUCUCAUCCGCUGGUCAAAAUUCGCGAUCGGGCUGGAAUGGUUUGCCGGGCUGCAUAUCUUGAGUUACUUGACUCAUGAUUAAUGCUUCGUGUUUUCUUGUUACAUGAGUUUCUCCAACUGCAUUUUGCAUAUGAAGUAAAGACAAUAUUAAUUCAUUGUGGACUGGAAACUGCGUUGAGUAUCAAUGACUUCACUCCAUUCUUGCAGGUCCUUCGCCAUUGAUAUUGAUGCAAA